UUAUGUCAUUUGCUGUUGUACGGAGUUUUGUGUCGCCCCUUUCAUAUGUAGUGAAGUACAGUUAGAGAAAUAAGUGAUGGGGAAUUGUUAAGCAAUGUGCGUUGCCGAAAAAGGGGCAUGGCAUAUUCCAAAGAUGUUUGUGUGAGCAACGACGAAGUUUCAUUGCAAUGCGAGUGGGACAAUUGUGAGCAUGUCUCCAACGACGGCUCCGAGUACUAUAUGCAUGUGAAUGAACACCUGAAGGUAGUGCAAUACACAGACAGGUGUUUAUGGCGAGACUGCUGCGCAUCAGUAGGAGCUCAACUGAAGCAACACGUUCUCUUCCAUGCGUUUCAUUGCAAACUAAAGUGCAACGGAAGGAACUGGAUUCAGAAGACAGGCGCAAAAUCCUGUCUCCUUGACAAGCAAACACGAAACGUCGUCCCUGACUUGCCCGAGAAAUUUAUCUGCCAGUGGGAAGGCUGUGACGACGAUACUGAAUUUCAUAACCCCGAAUGUUAUUAUGUUCACGUCUCGAUCCAUGCUGAGACGAAGGGCAUACAAUGCAAGUGGAAAGGAUGUGACGUGGAGCUGCGCGGUGCCCCCAAGUUGCGCGAGCACUUGCGCUCACACACGCAGGAAAAAAGGGUGGCAUGUCCCACAUGUGGGGGGCUUUUUGUGUCACGAACGAAGUUGGGAGACCAUCUUUCCCGUCAGCUUCCUCCAGCAGCUGAGCUUAGCUGCAGUUACUGCAGAAGAGGAUUCAGCUCGGAGCGUCUUCUACGUGACCACAUGCGCCACCACAUCAACCACUACAAGUGCCCCAAGUGCGACAUGACAUGUCCUUCCCCUUCAGCUCUCAAGAUAACAGUGAAACCUUCAACGGCGCAGUACCACAUUCAGUGCCGCCACACUCAGCUGCGGCCCUUUGUGUGCCAACUCUGUGACUACUCAACCAAAUUGGUGGGCGACUUCCGCAAGCAUCACGAAUUGCACCACUCGGAGGAGGUCAAACAGUGCCAGAGCUGUCAGUACGUCGCCAGCAACGCUUCCGAACUACGCAAGCACUUGCGUUCGGUGCACACGGUGGAUGCGGAGCGCAGUGUUUACGCGUGUCACCUUUGCUCGAAACAGUACUCCAAGGGCCACACGCUGUCCCGCCACCUAGUCUCCCAGCACCAUUUCCAGUGGCCGUCCGGACACAAACGUUUCACGUACUGCCGUGGAAAGGACGACGUGUUCACAUUGCAGACGGUCCGUUACGAGAGCCUCGAGCUCACCGAAGGCGUCGUGCGCGAUGACGGCCCUGCCGUCGAGGAGCGAGAGAUGGAAACUGUGUCUUGAAUAUUUAAGUUUGCAGAGAAACCUGUGGUUUCAGCUUUGUAGAUCUACAUCUUCCAUGGCGUUGAACGUAUAGGUUCGUGGAAUGCAAACAAACUGGAGUAGAUGCGAAUAAGAUUACGGUUCCUCAAGCUUGAGGUGAAACAGACGCAUUGCAGAACACGAAGUCUAUAGGGUGAGACUGACAUAUAUAUAUAUAUACAGGGUCUGUUUUGCAGUGAUGGCCAGUAGUUAACUACAUGUAGUCAAACUACCUGAUUGUAGUUAAAAAGUAGUUAUCAACUACUUGCAGAAAUGUAGUGUGUGACUACUAGUUAAAUUACUAUUUCGAGUAGUUAACUACAGUAGUUAGGUUACUGCAGGCGUCGCUACUUCCGAUUUGGCGCAAGCUUCACGGCAGGAUUGCAUUUCCGACUUUUACCUUGAGCUACUUGUUUGAUGAGAACGGAGGUGCAGAGCAAUUGUGCCGUGCAUGUGUACUAAAUCUUCACUUUUAUCACUGCUUAUGAUUCAUAUUUAGGUGCCCAAGAACACCAUAGAAUGGGAUUGGUGUUGAUGGACAACGUUAAGUAGUUAUAGAUGUAGUUAAAAUACAUUGCAGUAGUUAAAGAAGUAGUCUUAACAGCCUCCCCUGAAAAGUAGUUGAACUACUAGUUAAACUACUCCAUCGCGAAGUAGUUAGUAGUUAUAGUUAAACUACUGGAGAAGUAGUUAGUGGCCAUCACUGCUGUUUUGUGUCCCUCUUUUUCAUGAAACUCACUGGAAUGUUAUUCCACAUUACCUUAUUCCAUGUACGUGUUCAGUCACAUUUUGUGAGUGUUUGGACAUUUUGAUCGUUGGGGAGAAACCUCUCAAGCGCUUGUCACAGUGACAUUCUGGAAGUCACAUUUGUCCGACACGUUCGUGCAGUUCCCUUUGCUGCGGCUAUAAAGAUAUGAUUAGAAGCACAUACCUUCUAAGUUGUGACUGGUGAAAUGAAAGGUGAGCUGUUAUAUCAGACUAUGACUUGCAUAACCUUGCAUUUAGAUGCUACAUGAACUUCUGGGCAAAUGUAAGUGAUUCUGCCUUACUCCGUACCUUCACAAUCGGGGGAUGGCACCCCGGGGCCCUGACCACUUGAGCAGCCCGUGGGACCCACGGCCUGUAGUAAUCAUAUAAAGGAGAAGUGCUUGGACUGUGUUAUGAAGAUGUGAGGAGGGGUCCAGGGCAUGGCCCAUCCCCGGGGGGUUCGAAGAAUUUCCAGGGAAAAUUGGCACUGUAAAUUGUUUUGCCGCGGUCGAGAUGAAAAUAUUCUUGUGUUUUAAACGAACAACCCAGAAUCGCUAGCGAUAGCGAAUAGCGAUAAGAACAAGUUUUCUUUCCUUUUUUUUUUCUUUCUUUCUGCCGUGAUUAUUGUCCAGGUGAGCCAAGGGCUUCAAUAUGACAUGAACCCAAUGUUUUGUAGGUGUGGAAAAGGCAGAAAAUGAUAGGUACGUAAUAAAAUAUUAGAAAUUUCAACGUCGCAUUUCUUCAACAGGCAGCCACGGCGUGCACAAAAAGGGUCACACGUUGUAAGAUCAUUUGCAUGUACCAACAUCCAAAUGCAAGGAAGUGAUGAACAUGUGCACUUUAGUGAAACUUGUUACUCUGCUGCAUACCUCUCUCUUUUGAUGCUAUUUACAGCACUUGACACACACACUCGAUUUUAUAAUCUCUGUUCAUGGUAAGGCCUCUGAAUGUGCCCUCAGCGUGUACUAGUACCUUAGCUGAAAUUGUUGUUGGCACCAUGUCUCCCUUCCUUCAGCUGUACAUAGCCUUCUCAUGUCUUACGAAAUGGUGAGGAUGGGAGAAGAUCUGUGUUGAUCUUUGACAUAUAUUUUGUCACAGCAAAGCCGUACACCAUCAUCAUCAUCAUGACUCACGAUGUCUUUAAUUGUUUGUGCACUAGCCUAACCUAACACACUAAGUGGAAUCUCACUAAACAGAAAUCGCUUAAAUGGAACAACAGCCGCAAGGUUGUUUGGAUUCGUGUUUAUGCAAUGCAAAAAUUUUCUCGUUAAACGGAACCAAAUUUUUUACACCACUGGGUAAACGGAACAAAAAACGGGACUGGCUAAACAUAUCAGAGCAUCAUCGCUACGCGCAUCGCAACUUCAACUGUUCGCUACCGGUAAGCAUCGCAGAAGCGCGCACACCAUGCUCUCGAUCUUCAAAGCAAGGUUGAAGUUAUCAACAAUUUUGAGAGUGGUUGCUACGCUAAAAUGCCGAUUUGGAUGAAGUAAGGGAUGCCGAAAAGCCCACUAAGAAGAACUCUUAGCGAAAAGGACAAGCUGCGCGACGCCUUUUGGGCUUCAAGAUUUGGACCUUAAAGAAGACGGAGUUGAGGACGACGAGGAGGACGAUGAGCCGAGCGGGGAACUCGCGUGCUACGUCAAUUUCGGAGCUGGUGCGAGCGGAUGCUCUCUGAUGUUGCCCUUGCGCCAUUAAACUCCGAAUCAUCAUCAUAAUCAUCAGCUCUCUAAUGCGAUCAGUCACGUGAUGAUGUAUCCUGUCGAAGUGCGUUCCUGUCCUUCCGUUAUGAAUUCCUCCUUCCUGUAGAUUCCGAUCCACCCAUCCUGUUGACCGCGCCAGUCAAGAUUCAAGGAGCCAGUCAAGAUUCAGGGACCCAAUCUGCAAUAACAAGAACGCGUUAUCAUCAGAGAACAUCCGCUCGCACCAGCUCCGAGCUCCAGACUGACAUAGCUCCGCUCUGCACGCGAGUUCCCCGGUCGGCUCCUCGUCGUCCUCAACUGACGGCCUGGACUCGGUGACUACAAAGUGCUUGAAAAAUGCUUGCUACUGUGGAUAAAGCGUGCACAAAGUCAGAACAUCCAAACGAAAUGGGUCAGUUGUUUGUGUGAAGGUUGAACGUCUCAAUGAGGACUAGAAUAAAGUGGAAAAUUA